AUGUUCAAAGAUACUGUUCUUGAUAGUUGGAACAAGCCCACCAUUAAGGAAGGCCUUGCUGGCAUCAUCCAAAAGCUCUACAGGGUGAAACAUGUGUUGAAGAAAUUCCACAAAAAGGAAUUGGUAGACAUUCCUCAUAGCUAUCAGGUAGCUAAGGAAAACCUCAAUAUGGCCCAAGAUGACUUAGCUAAUGACCCGCUCAAUUCAGUGCACCAGUUAGCUGAACAGACCAAGCUUCAAGAGUUUACUCAAGCGAGGACGAGGUAUGUUAGUUUCCUCCAACAAACCAGUAAAAUAACAUGGCUGCAAUUUAAUGAUGAAAACUCCCAUUACUUUCAUGCUAUUAUGAAGAAGAGGAGGGCUGAGAAUAGAAUUACUUCCUAUGUAGUAAAUGAUGAGGUGAUCGAUGAUUAUGACAAGGUGGUAGAGCAUUACUUUAAUCACUUCAGGAAUUUUAUGGGGAAGAAGAGUUCGACCAAUAAAAAGAUUGAUAUCAAUUGCCUAAAAUUUGGUGAAAAGCUUACUAUUAUGCAGCAGGUCAAUCUGAUUAGGCCGUUCUCUAAGGAAGAAGUGAAAGAAGCUAUGUUUGGUAUUCACUCAAUUAAGAGCCCCGGUCCGGAUGGGUUUGGUGCAGGAUUUUUCAUAGGUCUAUGGAAUGAGAUAGGAAAUGACAUUAGCAUGGCAGUGCUAAAUUUUUUUCGAGAUGGACUUGCUCAAGGGUUAUACGAGGAAAAACAUUUCAGCAAGAUGCUUAUGAAGAUCGACCUUAGUAAAGCUUACGACACAGUUGAUUGGCAGUUUGUGGGUGACCUUCUCAAGGGUCUUUGCUUCCCUUUGAGAUUCAUUCAUUGGGUGCUGGUUUGUUUAAAGGGAACCUCUUAUUCGCUGAUGCUCAAUAGUCGACUUCAUGGCACUUUUAGAGGGGGAAAAGGGUCUUCGACAAGGAGAUCCGAUAUCUCCUCUCUUGUUUAUGAUCUAGUCAUUUUUUGCAAGGGUAAUGAGGAAUCAAUGAGUCUCACUCAGUCAGCCAUUAAUAGCUUUUGUGAUACAACAGGUCUCUCAAUCAACAACACAAAGUCUCAUAUAUACUUUGGAGGCAUUAAUGAUGAUUGUAAAACUCAACUUUUGGAGAUUGCUCAAAUGGAAGAAGGCUCUUUCCCGCUUAAGUAUCUUGGAGUUCAUCUAAGACCAACAAAAUGGAGAGCGGCAGACUGUGGGGGAAUUAUUGAUAAAAUUCAACGGAACCUCCAUUCUUGGGCGAGCAAGAAUCUUUCUUUUGCGGGUCGAGCCCAACUCAUUCAUUCAGUCCUUCUUGGUAUUAGGAAUUUUUGGAUGAGUAUCUUCAUCUUACCUCAAAAAGUCGUUGCUGCCAUUGAUAAAAGCUGCAGAGAUUUUCUUUGGGGGUUGAAAGGGAAUCGGAGCAAGCUUCACUCACUUCUUGGGAACAAGUUUGUCUUCCCAAAAAGUAUGGAGGAGUUGGCCUCUUUGAAGUACUUUCGGAAAUUCUUGAAGCUGAGAAAUGUUAUUGAUUGUGCUGCUGUUACUUCUUCGGGGUUAAGAGCAAGCAAUGUUCAAUAUGCUUCUGCAAUAUGGCAUCAUUUAUGUGUCUCGAAACACAGAUUUAUCUCCUGGAAAGCGAUGAAUGAUCACCUUCUCACUCGAGAUCAUCUUGGGAAAAUAAUGGAGCUGGCCUCUUAUUACUUCCCUGUUUGUGAAAGUGUCAUUGAGACCCAUCAACACCUCUUUUUUUACUUCACUUUUACUAAGAAAAUUCUGCAGGAUGUUAGUUCCUGGUCUGGUUUUAGUGGCUGGCCUUCUAACAUUGAAGCCUGA